CACGACCAAGUAGCCAACGAGCUGAGGAGUCCGACUCCGUGAGCAGCAGAGUCUCCGCCUAUCCGGGCGAUCCGAUGGCGAAGGAGGGCGGCGCGGGCGAGCGGAAGGUGGAGGCCCCUCCGCCGGAGACGGAGGGCAUCGUGUGGAGGGAGGACGCGGGGAGGUUCGAGACGCCCGACGGCGAGGCCUUCCUCCAGUACCGCCUCCUCCUCGGCGGGGACGGGGGCGGCGCGCCUCCUCCUGCUCCUGCACCGGCGGUGAUGGACAUGGUGCACACGUACGUGCCGCGGAGCAAGCGCGGGCGGGGGCUCGCCGCGCGCCUCUGCGACGCCGCCUUCGCCCAUGCGCGGGGCCGCGGCAUGCGCGUCGUCCCCACCUGCUCCUACAUCUCCGUGCGUGAUCCCCUCUUCUCCUCUGCAGCUCUGCUAUUGUUCCCCUGAUGCUUCUAGGAGGAUUGGACACGUACCUGCCUCGUAAUCCGGCGUUGAAGGAGCUCGUGUACAAGGGUGGCGACCCGCAUCCCAAACCCAGCAGCAUGUAGCUCUGUACAAGGAACACCCAUUUCACUGUAUCCAAAGGCGGCAGCUGCUACUAAAUAAGCGGAAAUCCAGUUGAUUGAAGUGGAAAGUGUAUGUUUUGACGGCGCCUCGUGAAAAAUCCUUGAUGUCAGUCGUGAUUUCGAGAACAGAGGCUACAUAACUUAUGCGAAACAACGGGUGUAACAUCCCUGUCCUGCUAAACGUCAACGAAAUAAAUGGACAGACAUGUGUUUCCUAGUCAGCAAUGAGCAUUUACGAAUGAA